CUAGGUGCGUAGUGAGUUUUAAUGUCAUCGUCGAUACAAAAUUGCAGUUUCAACACAAAAAUCCACACUCGACUCAAUAGUCUAUUUACAAAGACCGAAUAAAUAGAUGAAAACAUAGAAAUAGCAACCGAAAUUAAUUCGAUGAUUGGUGGCAACAAUUUUCAAUAUUUUCCUGACAACCAGGCGAAAUUCCAGAGGAUGGCGGCAGGAUAUGACGACUGCUACGACUCAUCCUGGCACCUGAUCCCGCCUGACUACGUCUCCAACGAGGAUGACUACAGACUGCUGGAGAGCAUGAAAAUGCCAGUUGCUUCGAGAACUAGCUCGGGUUUUCAUAUUAGUGAUAUUCUUGAGCUGAAUGAGGCCAAACCAACGCCACUUGAGGAUAGUAAUGGAACACCAACAACUCUUCCAUCCCCCGGUGAACUACCGUCGGCGUAUCAGCAACUCCUGGAGCAUACGACAGCAAUGCUGCAGCCAGCUCUCCACGGCAAUCUCCGAGGGACCCUACCUCCGCCUCCACCACCACCACCCCCCACACUACCACCCCCUGGUCUCCUCGGCUGGCCGACGGGUCCCAUUCUGCCAGUCUCCAUGCCGCAAACACUCGCCGAAAUGACCGUACAUCAACAGCAACAGAGUCAACAACAGCAGCCAGACUCGACGAGUCCGACAAUAUCCGACCUCUCAUUCCCCUCGCACCAAGACAAUGGGAAUGAAUCAUCGAAAGAGGAGGAGCAGGACUUCGAGGAGAUAGAGGAGCAUCAGUCUGACGACAGGAACGAUGACAAGCGUUCGCACGACCCAAACGACUCCUCUCACUGCAGCAAGAAGCAGAGAAAGCGCAGGGUGCUGUUCUCGAAAGCUCAGACGUACGAGUUGGAGAGACGUUUCAGGCAGCAGAGGUACCUCAGCGCUCCAGAGAGGGAACACUUGGCUUCCAUCAUCUGUCUUACGCCUACCCAGGUGAAGAUAUGGUUUCAAAAUCACAGGUACAAGACGAAACGCGCCCAGAAUGAACGGGUGGAGGCCGGUGGCAGUGGCUGCUCACCAAGAAGAGUGGCUGUUCCUGUUCUUGUUAGAGAUGGCAAACCUUGUCAAUCGAAAUUAAUUGAAUCAACUUAUCCCAGUGCUGCCGGUGGACAGGUCUCCAUGGCUGCUCCCUACAUGCAGAAACCCUACUGGUGGUGAAACUCAGCUGUUUAUACACUGAUAGACUGAUUCAUUCAUUCGAAACGAGAUUCGGAAACUAUUAACGAUUGGUAGAGUUCAAUAUGACCAAAUGAGUAUUCAUUAAUAGCGAAUGGUUUACUUGAAAAGUGAAAAACGAGUCGAACAAGACUCCGCAAAUGUGCAUUUGUUAAAUGUUAAUGAAUGAACAUUUGGUGAGACCGAAUGGACAAUCGUCUGCAAUCAAAUCCAUUCGUUAACAAUAACUAAUUCUUUCUAUCAGUGUAUCAAAGAUACAAUCACAAUCGGUGCAAGUGGAUGUUCAUCAUCUGUGACAUAAGUAUUGUAUUCGUAAUAUCAUUGUCAGAUUAUCUAUCCAACACUCCACAAUUUCCAACCUCUCCCUCCCCUCCCUCCAUCCCACGACUUGUAAAAUUGCGUAAUCGUUUUAUUAGUAAAAAAAUGAUAGGAUUUUGAUAUCUGGCUGAUAAUGCUGAGGUUGAGCCGCUUUUUUUAAUCUACUGGAAAGCACGUGUAGGAAAUUACGAACGAAAUUGUGAGAUGUUGAGUGGUGAGAGUGGGACAGAAAACCAAGUGAAUUAUAUCAGAGGGGAGAUUGCGACAAUUUUUGGUUACGUCGUUAGAUGGGAAUAUUAGGUUUAGGAUGAUUGAAAAGUUGGACUUUUCGAUCCAGAGUUUUAUGGUGAUGUUCGCAAUUCUCGUUACCUUAUAUCACGAUAAGUAUUUAUUGUAGCAGGUUGUAUAUAUGUACAUUAUGUAUGAUAAUAGUGAAAUAUAAUAUAUAACCGCAGGAAA